AUGCGCUGGGCGGCGCUGGCCACCGAGCGCUCUGCGCCGUGCCGCGCUGGCUACUCGCCGGCCAACGCCACGGACUCCGGCGGGGACGUCGAGUCCGAGCUGGCGGCCGAGCCGCGGGAGGAGGAGGAGCGCCGCAGGGAGGUUUGUUGCCCUGUGCCGCUUCCGCCGCGCCCUGUCACGAGCAUGGUGGUGGCUUCUCUUGUGAUCGCGUGCUAUGUGGCGCAUCGAACAGCGACGGCAGGUCCGCCGAUCGCGGCGGCAAGAGCAGGGCUGGACGCCGCUGGCAUCAUCACGGAGCAGGAAGGCCCCAGAUGUGGCGACGUCGCCCAGGACUACGAUCUGCCGGGCAACGACAUCGCGUGGCACGAGGGCGUGGAGAGCGCCGAGGGGUGCUGCUGGGUGUGCGCCGGCGCUGGUGGCUGCGAGGCCUGGGCCCACGAUGCGACUUCCCGUAGGUGCUUCCUGAAGGGGGGCAUGCCCUUCGCCAUGAUGAGCGGCCUCCGCCACGACGGCUGGUCCGCUGGGAGCGUGGUUCGCCCGCUGGUGACGAACGCGGGCGCUCCGGCACCGCUGGUCGCUCCCCUGACGGCCGCGGAGAGCCGAAGGAGCUUCCUGAUCUCCCCAGGGGCACCUCUGGCACCCCCACCGAACAGGGCGACCUCCAGCAGGGGGUGCUCGGCUCCCUCCGGGAGCUGCUGA